AUUCUAAUAAAAGUUAAAUAUAAUUAAAUUGCGAGGCUUUUUAAAAUUAUUUUAAAUUUUAGCCAUGUGACAUUAAUAUUAUAGUUCACAAAAAUGCAGGCAAGUAUUAUAGCCUACUUGAUCCAGCUGAUGUGUAGUGUUUAUUAUGCAUAACGACAUGCUUAAAACAUUAGCGCCCCUCGGCAAUAUACCAAAAUGCUGAAACGUAUAAAGGUAAAGCAGAUGACGACGAUGAGAAUUAUGUUGAUUCACUUUAUAUGAUAAUAAUUUUCAUUGUUGCAACAAAUAUUACGACUUGUUGAUACCAUUCGCCAUAUGGCAUGCAAUUAUGUAUUGUGGUUUAUACUUCAGCAUACUACAUGCAGGUUUGGGCGAAGCCGGAUGAUGAUCAUGAGAGUUCGGAUAAUUACCGUUGGCUUUUUAGGGGUGAUGAUUAUAUGGUGUUUACUUAGGUUACUGUUCUCUUUUGGGGAAGAAGUAUUAAAUAUUGAUAGUAAUUUUGCAAUACCAGCCCUCCCAAUUAUAUUCCCACACGCAAAAGAGAAAGAUAGUGUACUGUCGUCACAAAACAUCAGAUUUGAGAAGAUAAAAACAGUGGAAAACAGUCAUCUCCUCAAAGCACAUGAUGAAACAGGUAAUAUUAUAAACGGACAAAGAAACAAUAUGCUUAGAACGCCUGUUUCACUUGAAUUAUUAUUGAAUAAGCGACUGCCAUGGAUGCGUUUGGAAAGGUAUCUUCCAAACUAUUUUACGAAGACAUUUGAUGAUGUCGAGCGUGCGAAGUAUCAGCAAACAACGUUGGCAUAUUUGUAUUCCCCAAGAUCUGCUUCAUCAACAUCUAAGCUCUGUCUUCGCAAGGCUGCAUCUGCAGUAGGUAGGAAUAUUGGUCCUGAACUUACAGGGUGCACAAGAGUUCAUCUUAAACAUCUCGGUGAAUAUGAUAUUUUAAUAGGCGACACGGCCUUUGGUGUUUGUGAGGAUUUGGCAAAACCUUGUGCAUAUGUUACCAUGAUGAGGGAUCCUUAUGAGCGUAUUGUGUCAAGUUAUUUAUAUUGUCGACGUAAGCGAACCAACCCUCUCUGCAGAGCUUUGUCCCCAUGGAAAGCAUCAAUAAACGAGUGGGCAAUUCAUCUAGGGAAUUAUUUCUUCCAGCAGCUUAUAUUCCAUCCUAAAUUUUGCAAUAAAUUCCACGAGUAUUACUAUCCAGCAGGUUUCAAACACGAAUUUUACAUUAGCCAGCCGAGUUGGUUUCGUCAGAAAGUUAUACUUUCAUACAUGAUAACCGAACAACAAAAAGAAACGCUUAUCACAUAUUGUCUCGAAAACCUGGAAAACUGGUUUGCAGUUGUUGGGAUUACUGAGUAUUACGAUCUAAGUCAAAAUAUGAUUGAAACCGUUUUCGGAAUUCCUUUGAAUCAAUCAUGCGCUGGAAUCUCAUCACAGAAUGUGGGAAAACAUUCCCAUUUAUUGAUUCAACAUAAUGAGAAUGCAAUAGAUGAUAGCUUGAGUUUUAGCAAUUUGAUUGCUAAGUUAAAACAAGACGAUUCGGUAACUCACGCAAUAAAAGCUGAUCUGAGAAUAUAUGCACGGUUCAAGAAAAUAUUUGAACAACAACGUGUGAGCAUGUUGUUGAGCAAUUAAGGAAGCGAACAUUCUAGAUUUAUGAGUUUUGAUUUAUGACAAUCAUGUUGAUAGGUAUGUUACGUGAUUCUCAUAAAGCACAAAAUCAUUAGAAAUCUAAUUUAAAAAGAUAAAUUUUGAAGAAAAAUAUUUUUAUUUAAAAUACUCAAAAUGCAUAAAGAUAACCAUUGCAUAGUUUAGGUGAUGUAUCAUCAAUGAACCGUGAUAAUAUAAUUAUAAUGUUUUAGCAUUAUCGGCUUAUAGUUUAUCUCAAUAUCGUGUAUGAUAAGGAUGAUGUGACCAAAUGCCUGGAUCCACAGAAAUACAUAUUUUAGCUUCGUUAUUGUUUAAUAAAAACAAUAACAUUUAACCACAAAUGCAGCAAGCUUUAAAUACGUUUCACGUGGCAUCUACUUACCACAUUUAUUAUACUAGUCACUAAACCAGCUGGAUCACUUCUCAGCUAACAAUUCGAUAUUAUUAACAAGUUUUAUGGUUUUAUUUUGUAGAACCAUAAAUACGCAUUUGCAAAUUACGUUGUAAAUACGUAUUUAUCUUUUUACAGUAUACUAGUGUACAGCGUAAUUACGUUUGUAAAUACGUUUUUGUAGAACAAAUACCUACUAACAACGAAAUUUCCAUCUUAAACGUUGCUGCAACGAUGUGUUAUUUUCUGACAUAACAUAUUAUCCAACGCGUUCACAACAUUCGUAGAUGUUAUAAUAUGUUUAUUACAACGUUUUGUUUUUGCUGGGCUAUGAUAUGGUCCACGUGUAUAUCAACUGUGAAAAUGAAUC